AUGACAACUCGCACAUUGAUCGAGAAGCAUUCAAUCAACUACGCCGAGCCACUGGUAGAGUCAGUACGCAUAUUUCUCGCCCAUGAGCUACCUGCUAAGCAGCUAGCGCCGGAGCCGCGCGCCUCUAGCGCGACACCACCGCCAGCACCACCUCUCGACUGUCAUGUCGAUAUAGACACCAACACGGCACGAGAAGACAUCAAAGGGAUCAAUUUUGAACCUCGACUUAAUCGGAAUGAUCUAAACAAUAACGCAUCCAAUAGACAGAACGAAUCGCGUGAAAUGCCUAAUCUAGCUGAACUAAUGCAGAGGCAACCACUGUUGUCCCGCAAGGCGGACGCGCCUCAGCCCACCACCGACGAGUCUGACCCGGACCACUCGCCACAACGGACUCAUGGCGGCGACUUCAUGGUCGAAUUGCCACCGGGCACAGUCAGGGAGGAGAGAUAUCCAAAGGAGAUCGGAAAGACCAUUAUAUCAUUUUUCUUCCUCUUCAUAUGUGUAUGCAUUAACAUGAUGUCUCUGUCACUCGUACACGAGAGACUACCAGACAGAAAUACGACAGCGCCGCUAAAUGAUAUCGUUCUCGAUAACAUAACAGCGAGAGAUUGGGGAUUGUCAGUCUCAGAAUACCUUAUCAUGAUAUCAACGACUGUUGCGAUGCUCGUUGUUAUUCUGCACAAACAUAGGUUCAUCGUGUCCCGGCGGUUGUUCUUCAUCAUAGGCCUGCUGUACCUAUACCGAUCACUCACAAUGUUUGUGACCGUCCUGCCAGUCUCUAGCACAACAUACUACUGUAGUCCGAAGAGUAACAACACCACACCACUCCUGAUUAUAAAAAGAAUGUUCUAUUUGAUAUCUGGAUUCGGUUUGUCAAUCAAUGGAAAGCACACAUAUUGUGGAGACUUCAUUUACUCGGGCCAUACGAUGAUACUGGUCCUGAGCUACCUAAUAGUCGCAGAGUAUUCGCCGAAGAAGCUGUGGCCGAUGCAUUGGGCGAUAUGUGGUGAUAGCAUACUACAUAACGACGCGUCUGUUUUGGACAUUUCACUCCCUACUAGUGACGCCGCAUCGAGCGGGAAACGGUUACAAUCAUUACAUGAUCCAACGAGAGUGGUGGUACUGGAUAUUUACAUACCUCGAAGGCAACGUUCGUGGACCGGUGCCGCGGCGCUACGACUGGCCACUCUUCUGGCCGCGCACCAAGCUCUUUAG